AUGAGACUAUCUCUGUCCUGCGACCCAGCAAGGCACCUCUCCGGACUGCUGUUCUCCCUUUUUCUUGACGGGCGGAUCUGCACUGUCGUUCCAUCUGACGACGGCGGCGACGACUCCGCUGCGAUCAUCGCCGCAUUCGAACAGUGCAGCGUCGAUGCGUCCGUCGUGUUCUUGAACGCCACGUAUCACAUCGAACGGGUGAUGAAGACCACGGGCCUGCGCAAUGUCAAAGUGGACCUGGGCGGAACCCUACUGUGGGGAACCGACAUAGCAUAUUGGACGAACAACAGCCUGCCGUUGGGGUACCAAAACAUGACCCUUGCUUGGGAGUUUGGCGGCGACGACGUACUGUUCACCGGCAAUGGCCACGGAACGUUUGACGGGAAUGGACAAAUCUGGUACGAAUACGCACACGGGGUCUCGAACAAGCCCGGCCGGCCUAUCAACUUCGUCAUCCGCAACACGACGAACUCCGUCUUCGAGGGUCUCCGCUUCGUGCAGAGCCAGUUCUGGACGAUGGCGAUCCACACCGCGGAAAACCUGCUCCUGGACAACAUAUACAUCAACAGCACGUCGAACAACAGCGCGCAGACGCAAAACACCGACGGCAUAGACACGUUCUACGCGAACAACAUCACGAUGCGCAAUUGGGACGUGACCUGCGGAGACGACAAUAUCUCGCUCAAGGCUAAUUCGUCGAACGUGCUCGUCCAGGACUCGGUGUUCCACGGCGGGAACGGCGUCGCGAUCGGGUCGAUCGGGCAGUACCCCGGCGUGUACGAGUUCAUCGCGAACUUCACCGCGGAGAGGGUGACUGCGAUCGGGAGCGCGUAUGCCGGGUAUUUGAAGACGUGGACGGGCGUCGAGCAGAACUUUCCGCCGAACGGCGGCGGAGGCGGGCUCGGCUACGCGAAGAACCUCACGUUCCGCGAUUUCAACGUGACCGAUCUCAGGCAGGACGUCGCCUUCAUCACGCAGUGCACGAGCUUCAGCGGCGCGUCCGGCGGGUGCGACACCUCCACGUUCCAGAUCUCCGACGUGACGUGGGGCCCCGUGCGCGGCACCGCGAAGCAGCACGUCGCAGAGUUCCAGUGCAGCGCCGCCGCGCCGUGUCCCGGCAUCGCGCUCGUCGACGUCGACGUCGCCACGCCUUCAUCGGCGCAGAAGAUCACUUGCAGCAACGUCGUGGACCCCGUCGGGUUCAAUUGUUCUACAGGGUCGUGA